UUUCACGUGAGCUUCUGGGUUCGCCUCGGCGCGUGUCACCCGUUCGGUUACUGGUUCCCGACAAGAUAGUGGACGAGUCAGUUCGAGGUAAUCGUUGUGUCGUCCAAGAGUGGAACAUUAACCACAGAAAGCGGAAGAAAAAAAAACAAACCACACACACAUACCAAACCCCAGGACCACAAGAAGCGCGCUCGAGCUCGGAGCCGCACACUCUGGAGCGGGACUUGGCGCGUGUCGGAGGAGUGCGCAGCGCGUGAAGGCAUGGGGGACGCCACGGAAAACAAAGAGAGGACCCACCUCACCAGAGCGAAGCGCUCACCGAAAAUAUGUGGGACCAACUACCCAGUUAGCAUCGGCUUCAUUGUGGUCAAUGAAUUCUGUGAGAGGUUCUCCUAUUAUGGAAUGAAAGCGGUGCUCACUCUCUACUUCAUUAACUACCUGCAAUGGAACAAUAACCUGUCCACUGCUGUGUACCACGCCUUCUCCAGCCUGUGUUACUUCACCCCUCUACUGGGGGCCCUGAUAGCGGACUCGUGGCUGGGGAAAUUCAGAACCAUCAUCUAUCUUUCCGUUGUGUAUGUCAUCGGUCAUGUGGUAAAGUCUGUCGGAGCUAUUCCGGAUGUAGGCGACAACACGUUACACAUAACUCUCUCCAUGCUUGGCCUGGGCCUCAUCGCGUUCGGGACCGGGGGCAUUAAACCCUGCGUGGCAGCCUUCGGGGGAGACCAGUUCGAGGAGGAGCAUACUGAGGAGAGGACAAAAUUCUUCUCAAUCUUCUACAUGUCGAUCAAUGCAGGAAGCGUUUUGUCGACCAUCAUCACACCCAUUCUGAGAAGUGACGUUCAGUGUUUCGGGGGAGACUGCUACGCUCUGGCGUUCGGGGUUCCCGCUGCCCUCAUGCUCGUUGCUCUUGUGGUUUUCAUUGCUGGCAGCGGAAUGUAUAAAAAGAAUCCACGUGAGGGGAACGUCCUGGUGAACGUCUGCAGGUGUAUCGGGUUUGCUAUACACAAUCGAUGGUGGAGCCCCAGGAACAGCCCCAGGCGUGAGCACUGGCUAGACUGGGCCCAGGAGAAGUACCCGAAACAGCUCAUUCAGGAGAUCAAGAUGGUUCUGAGGGUUCUGGCCCUGUACAUCCCGCUGCCCAUGUUCUGGGCUCUCUUCGACCAACAGGGCUCCCGAUGGACUCUUCAGGCCACUCGGAUGAACAUGGAUUUUGGCGGCUCAUUUGUAAUCAAGCCAGACCAAAUGCAGAUGCUGAAUGCUUUGAUGAUUCUGUUGUUCAUCCCUGUCUUUGACAUGGGCGUCUACCCCCUCGUCAGCCUCUGUCGGGUCAAGCUCACACCUCUGAGGAAGAUGACUGCAGGGAUGGUCUUGGCUGCACUUGCGUUCGCCGCUGCUACCGUCGUGGAACUCAAUGUCAUCAAAACUGUUGUGCAACCUCCUCAAGCCCAAGAGUGCCUCAUGCAAGUACUUAACCUUGCCGACGGAGACGUCUCCGUACGAAUUCCAGGACACAGCAUUUUUGCCGAGCCAAUAAAAUCAUACGAGGACCCUUUGGGCUAUACAAGUCUUCCACUUAACGACAGUCACCGGCUCUUCCAAAUCGCUGUCACUCACCACGGAAUGGAUUACAGCUGUGACCUGAACUUGACUGAGCACACGGCCUAUAGCCUGGUUAUACACAGCGACAGUCCCGGGAUUACAUGCAAACUGGUGGAAGAUCAGAUAACCAAGUCGGAGCACGGAGAGGCAUUCCUGAGGUUUAUUAAUACCCGCUCAGAAAAUUUCACCAUAACUGUAGGUGGUGCAGCUUUCUAUGUACCAAGCGCUUAUGGGAUUUCUUCAACCAAAGCUGUCGAAAGAGGCCAAUAUACAAGUGUAGACAGCAUUUCAGACUCCAAACAGUAUAAUAUUGAUCUGGGACUUCUAGACUUCGGGGCUUCGUACACAGUCAUUCUCCAGCAGGACCCAGAUAACCUCGCACUCAAGAAGAUGGAGGACGUCCAAGCCAACGACGUCCACAUCGCCUGGCAGAUUCCCCAGUACGUUCUCCUUACGGCAGGAGAGGUCAUGUUCUCCAUUACUGGCCUGGAGUUCUCCUACUCGCAGGCUCCGGUCAGCAUGAAGUCAGUGCUGCAGGCGGGAUGGCUGAUGACCGUGGCCUUCGGCAACGUCAUCGUCCUGAUCGUGGCAGAGGGAGCCGGCCUGGAGCAGUGGAUGGAGUUCCUGCUGUUCGCGGCACUGCUGAUCGCCGUGAGCGGCAUCUUCUCCAUCAUGGCCUACUUCUACACCUACGUGGACCCCGGGCGCCUCGGCAACGAGGACGCGGGCAACGUGGAUGUCCUCAAGAAGGAAAAAGAGAGCAUUUGCAAGAGCGAUACGCCAAAGAGUACCAGGAUAUAGCAAAACCAUUUCCGACGCUUUUGAUGGCAUCCCCUCUGGAUAACUCAGAUGCAUAUACACAAAUUCAUAGCAAAGUUAAUUCUGUCAGUCAGACGCCAUUCAAACAGUCCGGGUCGGUCGGAUGACUGUGGAUAACUGUUCAGUCAUUCCGAGACUCUUGUGAGAUCCUUAGUUGAUCUCUGCUACCCAGGGAUUUUAUCAUAGCGUCUGCUUCAGACAGAAGCUGAUAGGAUAAUAACUGUACAUUAACUAUGAAAAACUUUAUUACAUUUUAUGGAUGUAUAUUUUGAAUAACUUUAGAAAUCUAAAUAUAUACACAUACAUCAUUUGAUACUGCUAUUUUUACAAUGAUUAUAUUACAUCAUUGUAAAUAAUGUCGCUUGCCCUCUGAUGUAAAUGACUGCAGUCAGUCUAUCCUGACAGCAGUUGCGUUUCAAUUAAUAUUACUGUUCCUUUCUGUAAUGCACAAUAAAAUUCAUAUAUAAAAUGUAA